AUGAUGGGUGGUCCUAAAAUAGAGUCCCCUUUCCCAAAUGAACUCUUCCAAAACACUUGGAACUUCACUAGUACUCCUUUCAAUGAAUUAGUUUCCCCACCAUUACUAACUAAUUCUCUAUUGGAACUCGAUCACUUCACAAACAACUAUAACGAUGAUGCUUUCGACCCUUUUCUCGAUAUCUUCGGCUCAUCGUCGUACGACUUUGCCCCGGUCGCAUUGUUCCACGAUGAUGAUGAUGAUGUCGUCUUUCUCGAUAACUGCAUCACCGACGGCAAUGCCGAGAGCUAUAGCGCGGUAAAUUGUCCGGCGGCCGAUGUUUGUGCCGGGAAGAAAGGAAAGACGAAAAAGGCGGAUGGGCAGCCGUCAAAGAACUUGAUGGCCGAAAGGAGACGUCGGAAAAGACUCAACGACCGGCUUUCUAUGCUCCGAUCCAUCGUCCCCAAAAUCAGCAAGAUGGAUAGAACCUCUAUACUGGGGGACACGAUUGAUUACGUGAAGGAGCUUCUUGAUAAGAUUCAAAAGGCAAGAGACGAGGUUUUAGACGAGGAUACUAAAAAUCAGAUCAAUAUCAUCACUGACUGUCUGAAUAAGGAGAUUAAGCCGGAUAAUAAUGAUUCUCAGGUCAGAAACCCUCCAAAGUUUGAUGUGGAGAGAAGGAAGCAAGACACAAAAUUGGAGAUGUGUUGUGCACCAAAGCCAGGGCUGUUACUGUCGACAUUGGGCACACUCGACGCGUUAGGCCUCGACAUUCAGCAAUGUGUUAUCAGCUGCUUUUCUGAUUUUUCUUUGCAAGCUUCUUGUUUAGAGGUCGCCGAGCAUCGAACCCUGGUGAGCACGGAAGAUGUAAAACAGGCAUUGUUCAGAAGUGCAGGUUAUGGGGGAAGAUGCAUAUAG